AAUGUUUAUCAUUACUGUUUCCAUUUUGUUAUUUUUUUCCUCGUUUUGGACCGAAGCAGCUCAAGUUGGACAAACAACAGCCAGUGGACAUCCUGUUGGAGGUGUUGAACAAACCCUCAGUUCGGCCCAAUCUUCUGGAAAUGAAGCCAACAUGACUUGCCCCGCUUUUUUGACUGCCGUCAAUCAAACAAUCAAAAACCAUCCCGAUUGGAAAGCCUGGCUCGACCAGGCGAGACACAACGAGACCCAAUUUAUUGAAAAUUGUCAAAAGGAAGGGGGAAAUACUGGAGAGGUUCAAUCCUUCCUUGACCAUCAAAAGGGUUUGCUUGGCUGUCCCGAAGCUCAUAGCCGAAUGACGAUUAUUGCUAUUAUCUUCAUUGUGGCAUUCAUUAUUUCAGUUGUCGCUUUGGCUGUGGUUUCGGUCCUUUAUUAUCGGAAAUAA